UGUUACCUGAUUGCAGUGGGAAAAUCCCAAGAGGCGUGUCACCGAGUUAGGUAUAAAAGAAGUGAGAAAAAGACUCUACCGACAUCAAACAGUUACAUCCACUUCUACAAGCAACUCCAGCGCAAUCAUGAAAGUCGUGAUCGUUUUAGCGUUUUUGGUGGUUCUGGCGGCAGCCGUUGAGGAAACGCAACAGGUCAAAGGAGACGCAACUCUUUUAGAUUUGCAAACUGCUGAGCAUCGCCACAAGGGAUACAAGGGACGCAAGGGCCGCUCUGUCGAAGGAGAAACAGCUGACUUGGAAGCCGCUGAACAUGGUCACAAGGGAUACAAGGGACGCAAGGGCCGCUCUGUCGCAGAAGAAGCAGCUGACUUGGAGACCGCUGAACAUGGUCAUAAGAAAUUCAAGGGACGCAAGGGCCGCUCUGUUGAAGGAGAAACAGCUGACUUGGAGGCCGCUGAACAUGGUCAUAAGAAAUUCAAGGGACGCAAGGGCCGCUCUGUCGCAGAAGAAGCAGCUGACUUGGAAGCCGCUGAACAUGGUCACAAGGGAUACAAGGGACGCAAGGGCCGCUCUGUCGCAGAAGAAGCAGCUGACUUGGAAGCCGCUGAACAUGGUCACAAGGGAUACAAGGGACGUAAGGGCCGCUCUGUCGCAGAAGAAGCAGCUGACUUGGAGACCGCUGAACAUGGUCAUAAGAAAUUCAAGGGACGCAAAGGCCGUUCUGUCGUAGAAGAAACUGCCGCUGAAGAUCUAGAAACGGCAGAGAAGAAACACAAAGCCUAUCGCGGAGGAUAUGGUGGACACCCUGGAGGAUACGGUGGCUAUGGCGGCCAUUACGGUGGAUACAGAGGAUAAGUUGUGCAGUUGCUCUUGUUUAACGUCCCUUAUAUGUUCUCCGUUAUUACUUUACUAACAUGGUGUGGAAGUGAAUUUGUCUAAAUAACAAUUUGGAAUCAAUGCAUAUAUCCUCUCCGUGAAAUCACGAAUACAAUCGAUCGACAUUUUA